ACGGGUGUCACUGAGUCUAUUCCAAUAGAGGCUGGUAACCUGCCUAGCCACUGAGCAGGUAUGGUAAUUCCAAGCCGGCGGAGCAGGUAAUUGUGCUAGGCGAACGGGGCAGGGUGGAUCAAACGACUUUUUCAUGAGGAGCUUCCGCGAACAGGUGACCCUGACGUACCAGAGAACACUGUAAUGCUUGUCCCCUUAUUCUGUGGUUUUUGUCUUUCCGCAGCAGCCAUAACGAAUGAGAGACUAAUUACGCCUAGUCUCGUGCAAGGGAUUGCAACCACGGGAAUCAUACAUCCCCUCCCCAUAACUCUCUGCCUCACUCAAUGGUACUCCCAACUUCCCGGGGAUCCUCGCACAGACCUGACUUGUCGCUUGUCGGCGCGCCUGCGGCUACGCUAUGCUCCAAAUCACCACAGUUGCCUUGAUUGUACAUUUUCGCCUGUGGGCGCUUUACUUCUCGCGAACUACUCACAUGUUGCCAGUCUUCAUUUCGCCCACUUUUUCGUCGCACGACCCAUAGGGGGUUUGAUCAUAAUAUGAUGUGCUGGCCCGGAAAUUGAGAAACAUUCAUCCCACGUCUGGCACAAUAAGCGUGUAUGUAUCAUUUUAUCCUUCGUACCUGUGUCAUGCGGUGGGCGUAUGACGGAGUGUGAAAUGGAUUACACUGGACAAUCAGAGCAAACCCCAAUUUAUGGUCUCCUGGCUGAUGGAUUAUGACGAGGAGAUCCGCGCGGCAACCACGGCGCCAGUAUGACGCCACGAGGCUGGUGUUCUCACGUUCUCACGCCCGCUUGUCCAAUCCCGAUCACCGGAAAC